GACACAUACAUGAAAGUAUUUAUGAAUUUUAAAAUUUUAAGGGUAUUUGACUCUAGUAUUUUUCUCUUGAAGAUUAAUUAGAGCUUUUCAAUUUUUAUGAGAGGUCAAAACAGUCCUCCCAUUAGGUGAACAAAAUCGAACCCUUUUCUUUUUCUUCUUUUCAUAAUCCGUUCUUAUUUGAUAUAUAUUCAUACACCCACCGCCGCCGCUCCUCCGUACUGCCCUCCACUCGACCUCCACCGCUCCUCCCUCUGCUCCUCCAUCACAACAUCAACUCUCUGAUAACCAGUAGCCACAUUCUUUCUCGAGGAACUCAAAACAGAGCAUAGCAACUUCAUCCCUUUACUGCUCAAUCAUCUGGCCGCACCCUAAAAUAUGAACUCCACCGCCUCCAUCAGCCACCAUCACCGCCGUGCCUCAAGUUCCUUACUGUAACCCUUUUGUGAGUUCUUUACUUUCUCACUAUUCACUUCUUGAAACCACACACACUCUUUCAAUUCAAAACAAAAAAAAAAACUUGAAUUUUUUCUAUUUACACCAUGUCUAAUCAUAAUACACCCCCCAAUUUCUCAAAUCCCCCACCCAAUUUCUCAAAUCCUCCAAACAAUCAUCAUCCUCAAAUGGGUGUUGCUGGAAAUUAUCAAAAUCAAAACUUUAUGCAACCCUUUAUACCAAACAUGCAACCACCACCACCACAACCACAACCUUUCAUGAAUGCUCCAAAUCAGUUACACAUGCCUCAAAUGGGUGGUUUAGCUCCUCAAAAUAAUGCAAAUUAUAAUAAUAAUAAUCCAAUGUUUCCUAUGCAUAAUGCAGCACCACAGAUGAAUUUUACUCCAAUUCAAGGGCAAAUUUUAGCACAAAAUCUUUUGAAUUUGCUUCAACAACCUAAUAUGAAUAUGAACAUGAAUAUGAAUGUGCCAAAUGGUCAAUUUUGUCCACCUGUAUCAUAUCCAAUGCAGAAUAUGAAUCAACAGUUACCUAUGCAAAUGCAAAGGCAAAACCCUUCUCAAGGUGUUCCUUAUGGUAUGAAUAAUGGUCCUAACCCUAACCCUAACCCUAACCCGAACCCUAUGUUUGGGUUUCCUAAUCAAGGGAAUCAUGCUAUGGUUCCUCAAAAUCCAAUGUUUUCUGGAAACCCUCAGUUUGGUGUUGUGCCUGGAAAUCAAGUUAGGCCACAGAUUAAUCCGAAUGAGAAGAAUCGGGUUCCGGCAAAUGGGAACACGAAUGGUUUUGUAUCAGGUGGACCUUUUCCACCUCAGCAGUUGCAAGGGAACAGUUCUGUGCCACAAAAUUCAAAUAAUACUCAAAGUUCUGCGUUUAGGAAUUCACAUUCACAGGAAAAUCCUAAUAGCAACAUCAAUACUAAUUUUGCAAACUCUAACUGGAAAGGAUCGCCAAACAAAAACUUCAAAAAUAAACAAAAUAGAGGUGGAUCUCAAGGAGGGUUCCAGAAGUCUAAAUUCCGUGAUAACAACAAAGGAAAUAGGAAAACGGGGUUUCCAAACGAACAUAUUAAAGGCAAAGGUCCCAGUAAUGAGAGAGCAGGAAAUUUUGGUUUAAAUUCUGAGGAACUUCAGCAGGAACCAAAAAAAUCCUUUACUCCGAAUUAUUCUGAGCAAGAAAUUCAACAAUGGCGUGAGGCACGGAAGAAGAAUCACCCUUCCUCCAGAGGAAAAAUUGAAAAGCAUUCUGAACCAUCAACAUCGCAAGGCUACAAGGUCAUUGAUAGAGAGGUCUUACAACGACAGCUCAAGGAGGUUUUAGCAAAGCAAGCUGAGUUGGGAGUUGAAGUUGCUGAAAUACCUUCACACUACCUGAAGAAUGGUGCAAAUCAAGGCCCUCAGAGUGAAGAGCAGAAUAACACAUUUACGGACAGAAGGAAAUUAAGAAACAAUGGAAAGAGAAAUCCAGCCAGAAGAAGUCGGAAUAACAAGAAGCAGAAGCUUGCUGACAAAGAUUUCUUAGAAAACAAGAAAUCAAGUUUAUUACAGAAACUCAUGAGUGCAGAUAUAAAGAGAGAUAAAAGCUACCUAUUACAGGUUUUCAGGUUCAUGGCGGCGAAUUCGUUCUUCAAAGAUUAUCCUGGUAAGCCACUGGUAUAUCCAUCAGUUUUGGUUAAAGAAGUGGAAUCUGAAGUUUAUCGUGGGAAAAAGCAUUUGCAAGAUGGAAAAGAUGUUCUUGAACAUGAUUUUAAAAUAGUUCAAAAUUUUGUAAAGGAUAGUGAAAAUGGGAAUGAUAAUGAAGACGAAGAAAUUUACGAUGAAGAGGAAGGAGAAAUUUUAGAGUAAAAAUUGGAAGUUUGUUUUUUGUUGUUUCAACAAAGCUUUUGAGUAGGAAAGAUUGUAAUGUUUUUUGUUAAACCAUUUAUGUUUGAAUCACUGUUUUAACAUUAUAGAUAUGUUAUUAUAGUGUGGAGAGGUUCAUUAAGGUUCACUGAA